UUCGUUAUUGCAAGCCUAAAUGGCGGAUGCGGAGAAGGGACCGUAGUCAGAACAAUAACAUCUCAGUUAUCCGGUAAAAGUGGUGUAAUUCGAUUCAGUACCCAUAAAAGAAACCUUUCGGUAGAGGGCACUUCCAUGCAUAUGUAGCUAAACAUUAGUUGCAAGCCAAUGUUUUAUGUUUAAACAAUUUAAGGCUUGCAGCGGUCUUGGUAAUUUCAAGUGAGUUUCAAGCAAGGAAGUCGCGUCUUCAUGGUGGUUUUAUAAAUAUGGGGGAUUCUCUCGGUCUUAUCGGGAAGCGACUGCUGCUCCUCCUCGACGAUGGGGGAUCUGCUGUUGGCAACGAAAUGGACCAGGCCGCCUGGCUUCGAGGGACCGUGCGGGCAGUUAGUGUUAUUGGUCUGGCGAGCCCAGGAGUAGAGGUGUUCCUGGAAUUUGAAGAUAGCCCAUGGCGACAGCGCUCCUGGGUACAGGUGUAUGGAGAGGAGGUGCGAGCAGCUUUGAUGGAGAAUACAAUAAUUUGGGCUCCCCGAAGUGAGCCCUCCCUUUCCACAACAGGGGGAACGUCUACUAGCCAUUGGCCAGCCUUAGUGUUCCAUUUGCUUGUGGACCGUGUGGGGUUGGGAUCUCUGGUUCCUGUUGAAUUCUUUGGAACUAGAAAGCUGGAAUUUCUCCCCAAUGGAAAUUCCUUGCAGAGAUUUGAGGCUGAGAAAGAUGUGAGGCACCCACUAUUCCAGGAACAGCCAUCCCUUCAUGCUGCCGUCAGCAGCUGGCACCGGGAUUCUGAGCUGCAGGAGAUCCUGAGAAAAGGACCCUAUACUAUCCAGGGGCGGAGGGUGCAGGUGUACCAGCCGGAGUUUGAGGAGCCCUGGGCAAUGGGGCUUGUCUCUCAGCAUGACCCUGUUUCACAUAUUAUGGAGAUUACCAUGGAUCAGGGAGAAGAGACUCAGGUGGUAGAUCCCCGUGUAAUUCAUGUAAUGCUUGCUAUGGAUCCAGUAGAUGAGAACCAGGAUCGCCGCAAGAAGGAGCUGGAUGGAGGGAAGGGUGAGGGUGGCCGGCGACGGAGGACUGCGUCUGAGGGCGGUGAUGAUGACAUUACACUCAAACGUUUCAAAGGUGCUGGCGAGGGUGAAGCAGAUGGGCAGAACGGUAGCCCUCCCAGUAAGGACAGUGAGCCCCUGAUGAGUGGAGAGACACCUGUGCUCGGAGUGGUUGAGGGAAAGGACGGAGUGGGUGGAGUAGUCAGCAGGGGGAAGUCCACCGCCAGCCCAGAAGCAGUUACUUUGGCCAGCCGGGGUCUGACCACCAGCACUGCGUCUCAGCAGGAUCACCCCGGAAACCGAUCUGCAGGCGUCAUCAAAGAGAACGGUAGUGCUAUCCUGAACCAGGACAGAACAGGGCCACCAGCAACUGUGGCCCUUCCUGUGCCCACCCCAACGCCACCACCCUUGAAGCCGGCUCCUUCAGCAUUCUCUAAUAUUUUUCCCUCCUUGGGCCAGAUGCCCAGUCUGGUACCCGGAGCUCCUGCACCCAAGUCCUCGCCUACAGCCCUGGUGCCAGAGAGGGAGGACGGUGUACUUUCAGGAUACCCCAAAACUGCUGCCCUCGUGUCCCCAGGCCCUGUCACCAUCUCCUCACCUUCCCAGGACAAUGCACCAAGUGUGGUUCUUUCUGCACCCGCCGACCGCAGCCAGAAGACCCCUGUUUGGGGCUCACCCCCAGAAACCAGCCAAACACCGAAGACAACUACCCUUGCUGCUGCAGGAUUCAGCCCUUCCCAGCCUAAGCAGACCAGCGGGGCAGUGUUUGGCGACGUCCCUGCGCAGGCGAACGGCUCAUCCCAGGAAAACAAGCCCUUUGGAUUUUAUUUCUCUGGCCCAAAAGAACCUCAGCAGCAGGCAUCUGAUCCUUCACAAAACCUGUUCUUCCAAUGCAUGUCUCAGACGCAGACUCCAUGCCCAAGUAUGGCUCAAACACAGUCAAAAGACACUAACUACUUCACAGCCCUGUCAGAGUGCCUGAGCAAGGAGCCUCAGAGCCUGUUCAAGCCUGCCACUCCCUCUGAGGGCCUAAAGAAGGCUGUUGUUGCCUCUGCGUCCGCAGGACUCUUUGGUUCUGCUCCAGCCAGUGGCUUGCCAUCUAUGAAAGAGCAGCCCAAAGUACCUGAUGCCAAGCCAGCAGGUAACGGAAUUCUGAUGAGCAAGCCCUUUGGACCAGGAGCAGAUGCCCUCAGCAAACUGGGCUCUGGGUUUCCUGCAGCUGUAGGGAGCAGCCCUGCGGUGGGUUCAGUGGAAAUUUCCAAGCCUGCCUUAGGGCUUGGUGCUUCCUUGGGUACAGGUUCUGCUGGACUGAGUGCCGCUGGAGGUGGGUUAAGAAACACCAGUUGCACUAACGCAGCUAGCAGCUUUGGCCUGCUAGUAGGCAGCAAGGGUUCAGAAGCUCAUGAGAACUUGUUUUUACAGGCUUCAAAAGAGGCAAAUCCAUUUCUUGCUUAUAGCAGCGCGGCCUCACCUAGUCCGUUUAGCGUGUUGACCACCCCCAAGCUUCCUACACCUGUGUCCACUACUCUGCCUACCAGUGGCCCUGGAAUUCUUAACCAAGAUCCAACUUCCACUGAUGGCCAGUCAAAUCUGUUCAUCAUGGCUGAACCUCCCAAGGGUAUCCUAUCUUCCCAGUUCACUGGUGGUUCAUCUUCCUCUUCGGCUCCAACUUUCAUGUCGACACCCCAAGAUGGGCAGCAAAUGCUCAAAGCCAACAAAGAGUGCACUGAAGGUGGUGCCAGUGCCUGCAUCGACUCCGAAAGCAACUUGGUGGAGGAGGAGGUUACCUCUGUGCCCUUUGACCAGACAUCGCAGAAGUUCACCUUGGAUGAGCGUGGGCAGGCGACCAAAGUUGACUCUGAAUCGAGCACGAACAGUGACUUGUCAGACCUGAGUGAAGCUGAGGAUCACUCGGAGCAGAGCCAGAAGCCCAGUGUCCAGGUGCCUAACGCAAAGGCUGACGGGGACGAGAUGCAGAAUUCCAAGCCCCAGUCCGCUCCUAAAAGCCGCUCAAGGAGCAAACCCUUCAAAGUGGGUCAGUCAGUGCUAAAGGACCAGAGCAAGGUUCGGCGGCUGAAGCAGUCUGGUGAGGCCUUCUUGCAGGACGGUUCUUGCAUCAACGUGGCACCUCACCUGCACAAGUGCCGCGAAUGCCGACUGGAGCGCUACCGCAAGUCCCGCGAGCAGGAAUCAGACGAUGAUGACCCCAAUGUUGCCUGCCGCUUCUUCCACUUUCGCAGACUAGCAUUCACGAGGAAGGGUGUACUGCGUGUGGAGGGCUUCCUGACCCCACAGCAGAGUGACAAUAUGGCCAUGGGCCUGUGGCUCCCCUCUUCAAAUGCACAAGACUGCCUCGACCUGGACACAUCCAAGUACAUCCUGGCCAACGUGGGAGACCAGUUCUGCCAGCUUGUCAUGUCUGAGAAAGAGGCCAUGAUGAUGGUGGAGCCUCACCAAAAGGUGGCAUGGAAGCGGGCGGUGAGGGGUGUGAGGGAGAUGUGUGAUGUGUGCGAAACGACGCUCUUCAACAUUCACUGGGUGUGUCGCAAGUGUGGCUUUGGCGUCUGCCUAGAUUGCUACCGGCUACGGAAGAAUCGACCACGUGAUGAGGUGGACGACAGCCCAGAUGAUGAGGUCUUCUCAUGGCUAAAGUGCGCGAAAGGCCAACCUCAUGAACCGCAGAACCUCAUGCCCACUCAGAUCAUACCUGGCACAGCACUCUAUACUAUAGGGGACAUGGUCCAUGCAGCAAGAGGCAAAUGGGGAAUCAAAGCUAACUGUCCCUGCACUAACCGACACAGCAGACCUGUGGCAAGGCCCACUGCACCCAACGGCCUCUCCCAAUCAGGUGCAGGCUCAAGUGGGGGGAAUGGGGCCUCUUCUAGUUCAGCCAUGAUCCGCCCAGAUGGGGACCCCACGACAGACGCAAGGGUCAAAGUGGAACUUGGUGUGGAGGGGAGCAGCAUCGAGGCAUCUUUGGGCAAUGGUGGAGCCAGUGCUGGAGGAGUAGGCCCGGCUGGCACACAGGUGCCUGGUUCUAAGGAUGGCAAGGGCAACCCAUCCUCUGCCCUCCACUGGCUGGCCGACCUGGCCACACAGAAGGCAAAAGAGAACUCCAAAGAUUCGGGCUCCCUCCGGGCCAUGGUGGGUCGUGAUGGGCGCACCCCCUUUGGUCUAGAUUCCUUCAGCUCACUCUCCAAGCCAUCCAGCCCAAGUCCCAAGCUCUUCAACAGCCUGCUGCUAGGGUCCGGUCCUGCCCAGCCCAAGGCAGAGGGCACCAGUCUACGAGACCUUCUCAACUCGGGCCCUGGCAAACUGCCCCAGGCCCAAGACGGUGGAGUCCCUUUCCCUUCAGUGUUCUCAUCUACAGCAGGGGCUGACAAGAUGAAGGGAGGUCUACCCACCAUCCUUGACCAUAUCAUCGCCUCCGUGGUGGAGAACAAGAGAGCAGAGGGGCGCCGAGUGCCAGGCUCGACAGAGAGCACAGACCCUAUCGGUGUCUCGCGACGAGAGGGUGUUAUGGGCCUCAGCGUGCUGGACCCCCACACUUCCCACUCAUGGCUGUGUGAUGGACGCCUGCUCUGUCUGCAGGAUCCCAGCAACGGCAACAACUGGAAGAUCUUCCGCGAGUGUUGGAAACAGGGCCAGCCGGUUUUGGUGUCUGGUGUCGACAAGAAGCUGAAGACCGCUCUGUGGCUGCCAGAGGCCUUCAGUGAAGAGUUUGGAGAUCAGGACGUAGACCUGGUCAACUGUAGGAACUGUGCCAUCAUCUCUGAUGUCAAGGUCCGAGACUUCUGGGACGGCUUUCAGGUCAUCUCCAAACGGUUGCAAGGUACUGAUGGGCAGCCCAUGGUACUGAAACUCAAAGACUGGCCUCCGGGGGAGGAUUUCCGAGAUAUGAUGCCCACUCGGUUCGACGACCUCAUGGACAAUCUUCCUCUGCCGGAGUACACUAAGAGAGAUGGACGCCUCAACCUGGCAUCCCGUCUUCCCAACUUCUUUGUGCGGCCGGAUCUGGGCCCCAAGAUGUACAAUGCCUACGGUCUAAUAUCUACGGAGGACAGGAAGGUUGGCACCACCAACCUGCAUCUGGACGUUUCCGAUGCGGUUAACGUGAUGGUGUACGUGGGAAUCCCUGAGGGAAAGGAUGACCAUGAAAAGGAAGCAGACCUCGCUGGAUCCAAAGAGGUGGCGCUCACCAUUGAGGAGGGAGAUGUGGAUGAGAUGACAAAAAGGAGGAUUUACGAGGGAAAAGAGAGGCCAGGUGCCCUCUGGCACAUCUACGCAGCCAAAGACGCUGAGAAGAUCCGUGAGCUCCUGCGCAAGGUAACGCCCAUCAUCUGUGGGGUGGGAGAGGAGCAGGGACAAGAGAAUCCUCCAGAUCACGACCCCAUCCAUGACCAGAGCUGGUAUUUGGACCAGGUGCUCCGCCGCCGCCUCUACGAGGAGUAUGGUGUUCAGGGCUGGUCCAUUGUCCAGUUCCUGGGAGAUGCCGUCUUUAUUCCAGCUGGCGCACCCCAUCAGGUGCACAACCUGUACAGUUGCAUUAAGGUGGCUGAGGACUUUGUCUCACCGGAGCAUGUGAAGCACUGCUUCAGACUGACGCAGGAGUUCCGACAUCUUUCCACCACGCACACUAACCAUGAGGACAAACUACAGGUGAAGAACAUCAUUUUCCACGCCGUGAAGGACGCCGUGGGAACGCUAAAGGCUCAUGAGGCGAAGCUAGCACGGUCGUAGUUUUGUGUGUCCAGGGCUGACUGUAAUCCUAAGCUUGGGCUGUUGCUGGGACAGCACACAGAGACUGGGUGUUUGGGUGGCACUUAAACAUGGGUUCGGAGAGAGCCAGAGGGCUUCCAGAACAAGCCCUAUAAUUCAAGGCUUCUCAGAGCUUCAGGCUAGGAUGAAGGAUGCGCUUCAUCAGUGUUACAAAACCGUUGUUUAGUUUUAUCAAAUGACUUAAGUCAUUUUCCCCUGUAUUUAAAAUGUCAGUGUCCUUUUUUUUUUUUUUUUUUUUUUUUUUUUUUUUUUUUUUUACGUGAUAGAUUGUUGGAUUGUUCAGGAAGAAGGUGAUGGAAUUUUAAAAGAAGGAUCAGCUUCUUUAUCCCUUCUGAAUAAAUGUAAGCACUGGGGUUCUUUUUUAGCCAAUGUUAAUGGUUUGUUUUCUUCACUAAUGGAAAGCUCUGUCUGUACAGGAGAUUAAAAACAGGCAAACAGACAUAAAAUAGAAAAUGAAGAUUCCCUCUACCCUCUGAGGCAGACAAGAGUUUUGAAGGGAACUAGACCAAAGUUUUGUAUUUUUAGUUUUGGAAAUGGAAAUUGUCUUGUUCUUUUCUCUUUUACUUUAAUAGGCCAUUAGGUAAUUUGAAUCACUGACAGUGAGCGGUAGGCAGAUGGCUUUGAGAAAUGAUUGUUGAAAAAUCAAGAAUUCCAGUUAUGGACUACUGGUCAUUAAUAUGUAUCAAUAUAUAUAUUGAUCUUAGCAGUGUGUAUGAUUUUUCAAAAUAAAGUUUACAAAAAAUGGAUUUGGCCCUCCUGUUUUGGAAAUUGUGCACACUUAAUUUGUUAGAAAUUUUUGUUCAGUUCUUACAAUUUUAUCAAAUAAAACCUUUUGUGGUUCCUUGAUAAUGCUGCAAUAAACAAAGCAUUUUUUAAUGUUG